AUGAUGGACCCCACAGAUUCGGACGAAAUGAGCGACAUACACGAGAUUGAAUAUCCUCAAAAUAUGCUUCAAAAAGUGUGGGCGGCUCAAUUCAGACCAUACCCACACGGGCAGAAAACCGAUAUUCCAAAUCCCACUUGGGUUUUUGUGCUGUAUCACGAUAUUGACGAAUCGGGAACGGACGACCAGACCACAAGCAUAGUCGAGGGCGUAUUCACCACGCUAGAGAAGGCCAACGAGGCUGCUUUGAAUUUUUUCAUAGAAGACUACGCGUCCUUCUUUGAUCAGAAGGAAGACAUGUCGAACUUCUUCGAGUCCAACACAGCGAAGAAUGAUGGCCUCAACACUGUGGAGUGGAGUAUUCUCUACGAUGGAGGAGUGUCGCUGGAGGCGACCGAUGCGAAAGGACCAAAGAUCCACGUUUAUGUUCAGAGCCACGAACUGGAAUGA